GAUUAAUAGUAGUUAUAGUAGUUUUAAGGAUAUGUUUUGCAUUGGGUAUUUAAUGUUAUUUCUGCUUGGAACAUCUAAUAACGAGGCACAUUUACCAUGUGUUAAAGUGUGGCAAAAAAAAUAAAAUUGCUGGCUUUUUGGGCUCUUUUGAGAUAUCCAUUACUAAUUAGUCUCAAUAAUCUUCUAAUAUUUUACUGUGAGAAAAUUUCAUUUAAUAUGAUCUAAAAGGGGGUUGUCUUAAAUCACAUCAUUUCCUUUCAUUUGUAUGGCUUCAAAUUUUUAAUCCAAAAUUCAACGUAUGAUCUCCAUUUCCUUUGCCUGACCAAUGGACAAAUCAAACAAAAAAAGAAGUGGUUUUGGUACAUAACUUGUAAAAAAUAAAUUAAAAUACAAAAAGAUAUCCUUCAUCGAGAAGUUAAUCGUUUUCAUGUAACUAUUAUUGCAUAUAUUAAUGCAUUAUGUACAUUUAUCAUAUAAUUGUGUAACUCGUGACUUAGUUACAACCACGGAUCCUGGUUAUCAAAUCGUUUUGAAGGAUAUUUAAUUCGAUUAUUUAACAAAACAGACAGCUGUGAGGUUAAUACGGCGAGUACUAACGGAGAGAUGUCGAGAAGAAAACUGCCGCCCCCGGGCUUUAACUUCAAGACUCAAACGGAACAAGUUGUGACUCCACCAGGGAAUUUAGAUAAACAAACAACAAUUACAGUUGAUGAUCGAACUUUCACUGUACAUGCUGAUGAUUUGGUAAAGAUUUGUGAUCUUGGCCGAGGAGCAUAUGGUAUUGUUGAGAAGAUGCGCCACCUACCUAGCAACACCAUUAUGGCUGUUAAGAGAAUCACAGCCACAUUCAACAAUCAAUCUUUGGAACAAAAACGUUUGUUAAUGGAUCUUGAUGUAUCAAUGAGAGCAAGUGCGUGUCCGUAUACAGUACAUUUCUACGGAGCAAUGUUCAGGGAAGGGGAUGUUUGGAUUUGUAUGGAAGUAAUGGAUAUGAGUUUAGACAAAUUUUACACAAAAGUCUACAAAAAUGAUCGUACCAUACCUGAGAAUAUUCUUGGAAAGAUAGCAUUUUCGGUUGUUAGUGCUUUACAUUAUUUAUACUCCAAACUCAGAGUCAUACAUAGAGAUGUGAAACCAUCAAAUAUAUUGAUCAACAGAAAGGGUGAAGUGAAGAUGUGUGACUUUGGCAUUUCUGGUCAUCUGGUAGAUUCUGUUGCAAAAACAAUUGAUGCUGGCUGUAAACCUUAUAUGGCACCAGAACGAAUUGAUCCAACUGGAAAUCCUGGGCAAUAUGACAUUCGAAGUGACGUGUGGUCUCUGGGAAUAUCCAUGAUUGAACUAGCAACAGGAACUUUCCCAUACAACACAUGGGGCACACCUUUCGAGCAACUAAAACAAGUUGUUAAAGAUGAUCCACCAAGGCUUCCAGUGGGAAAAUUUUCAAACGAGUUUGAGGAUUUAAUAGUGCAAUGCUUACAGAAAGACUAUAGACUCAGACCAAAUUACGAUGCAUUGUUAGUGCAUCCAUUCUGCCAGGAACACAGUCAAAAGGAAACAGAUGUUGCAUCUUUUGUUCAGGAAAUAUUAGAUAUAGCAGACAAUGCUUAGUUGUAGCAUCAUAAUAGUACACCUAUAAGUACAAGUGUUUAAUAACUAACAUUAAUGGUAGAUGUUUAAUGGAAUAAUUAAUCGAUUAUAGUUUAAAAAUAAUCGUCAUUAACAAUUUAAUUUGUCAAGUAAUACUUGUCUGAUGAAAGUUUGCCGUUACUUUAAAGGUCACGUUAAUUAGAAGCAGUGACAAAAAAUAAUCAAUAUCUGAUAUAUCCGUUUAUUGGUCAAAGAAAACUUGUUAAAUUUGGAGAUGAAAUUAGGAUUGAAUUAGUAUGAAUCCCAAAACAUUGUUGAAAACGCUAUUUAGAUUAGUUUACAGAAUGAGUCAUUGUUAAGAUUGGAAUGUAUUGGUAUGCACAAAUGCAGAGACAAACUAAACCUGAAAAAUAUGGAUUCAUUACAAAAAGUUUUAUUUUAAUACUUUAUUAUAUAUUUAUUUCAUGAGUAAUUUCUUUAUAUACGUAUUAUUAAUUUAUUUAACAGGUAUGAAUUGUGUACAACAUAAUCGGCCAUUUAAAAUUAUUAUUUUUGCGGCCAUAUGAAAUUAUUGUGCUGUGAAACUGUCGGACAAGUUAAUAUUAUUCAUUAAUUUGUUAUUAAAUUUGUUGAGAGUGCUGAAACCGUUAGCGCUUUCAAGUGCUCGUAUUUAAAAACAAUCUGUGGCGAAUUGGUGUAUUUAAAAAAAAACCCUAUUAAAUUGUCUGUACUAAUUUAUUAUUCGUUAGAAGUGCGUUAUACUAAAAUAUCGAAGCAGGAAACGGUAAACUCGAUGCAAGCAAGUACCUAAUAAAGCUUUUGAAAGCGUCAGUUUAAGCGAGAUGUAGAAAGAGUCAUGUAAUCAUUGAUUAACGUAGUGGCGAGAUGUGAACUCAAAUAACGACUGUUUAUAACUAUUUACAUCACAAAAUAAUUAUAUUAGUUUUAAUAAAAAGAUAUGUUUUUAA